AUGCAAGGAUCUAAGCUUACUCGAGUACAUAUCAACAGUGGAAGCGGGCUCAACCUGAUUUUUGCUAGCACCAUAAUGAAGAUGGGCCUCAACUACAUGAACUUGCUCACGCCAAGCAAAGCUCCCUUCUAUGGCAUCGUCCCAGGAAAUUUCUCUACACCAAUUGGCUCGGUCACCCUUCCUGUCACAUUCGGUACAGAGCAAAACUUCCGGACAAAGCAUAUCAAGUUCGAAGUAGCCGACUUCGAAUCCUCUUAUCACACCAUCUUGGGAAGACCAGCACUGGCCAAAUUCAUGGCUGUGCCCCACUACGUCUACUUACUUCUCAAGAUGUCGGGCAAUACAGGAGUCCUCUCCCUGUGCGGGGACCUCCUCAAGUCAUUCGAGUGUGACAAGGAGGCAAUUGUCCACGCCUCCAGCAUUGGAGUAUCAAGCUCCGUGAGCGAGAUACUCACAGCCGCUAAGGAGUUAUCUCUCAACAAGGACUCGAUGCCCUCCAAGAAGCCGAGCCAGUCGUCGGUAAAACCAGCCGGAGACGAUGGCACCAAGACCAUCUAG